AAUAACAAAGGGAAUAUAAAAAACUUUUGGUCUUACCUCAACUAGAAACCACUAGAACAAGAACAAAGGCAUCAUCACAUUUACAUUAAAAAAAACUAUAAUAUACCAUGUCCUCAACUAAAGUCUAACUCGAUACGAAAUCUUAAACCGAGAAACCCUUAACAGGAGGAUUACGAAGUGAUAAAAAAAAAUGUUCUUCUUCUUCGUCGGUGGAGUUGGACAACAAGUGAGACAAGUCCUAAAAUCCGGCGCCGGAACUUGCAUAAGAUGCGGCUCUGAAGCCGAUUUAGUCGAUUACGACAAAGUCUUGAAGCUCUUCUUUAUUCCUGUCUGGAGAUGGCCUGGAAAAGAUCCUCUACUUCAUUGUAGAGACUGUGAUCUGUUUUUCCCUCAGUCUCUGUCACCGCCACCAGUUUCUCUUGCUACGUGUCGGUUCUGUGAUCGUGUAGUUGAGCCUGAGUUUCGUUUUUGCCCUUUUUGUGGCUCUUCUCUGUGAGUUUUGGUCUGUCCAAAAAGUUGUGAUCUCUUUUUUUCUGAAGAUGACUAUGAGUUGUGUUCUGUCCUAAAAAAAUCAUAAUCACUAUUUAUGUUUUUUUUAAUCAUUCAUGUAAAUUUCUGUCUUUCAAAUUUACAAUUUUAGAUUACUUA